CACCAUUUGUAGCAAAAGUCUAAUUCGAAAAUUUAAAUGCAAUUAAUAGAGCUAAUAGACAGUUUGGUGAAAAGUAUUCGUUGCAGAAAAUUGGAAAAGGUAUCUUGAGAGGUGUGAAGAAAUUGAAAGGAACAAUAGGUAAUAGAACUGACAGAGAUUUUGUUCCAGGAACAAGAUAAUUUAUAAAUAUGUAGGCACAUGAAAUAGAAACUAAACAAAAAUAAAGAUUGUGAGUGUGAUUAUCUUAAAGUUACAUCAUACAAAAUGGAGAGAACAAGUCCAUUGACUUCAUCUGAAAGGAAACGUAAAAAUUCUAAGAAAGAAAACCAAAAUCAUAGUGAUAAUUUUCCCAACAGUGAUAUACUUGUAGAAAAGACAAGAAGAAAACUUAAAAGAAAGUUUAAUACUGUAUCUCAAAAUGAGAAGAUGAAAAAAGUUGAUCUUUCUGAAAUUGAAGUUAUUAAAAAGGAUAGAAUUGAGAAAGAAACAAUCUCAAAUUCAAGAAAUUCAUCGACAUGUAAAGUGGAAAUAAAUGAUCCUGAAGAGAAAGAUGUAGAAUCACCAUUCCAAAAUGAAAUUGAAGUAAAGAAGGAGGUCGAUGACAAUUUUGAGUAUAAUGAAUCAGAUGAAAAUCACAGGAGUGAGAGAAUAUCAACCCCAAUGAGCAGUGAUGAUGUGAAAUAUCAGAACAGAGAUGAAAACAAUAGUGAUGACACCUCUGAUAACCAAGAUAAAGAUGUGGAGGAAACUUCAGCUGAACCAUCUAAAAAGAGUGCAAAGUCCCAAGUGAUUUAUAAAUGCAAUUAUGAAGGCUGUGACAAAGAAUUUGCUCAUAACUAUAUCAGAAGAAAACAUAUAAGAAUGAUCCACUUGAAUAUUAGAAAUUAUCAUUGUGAAUUUUGUGGACAUAGAUUUAAAACAUCAAGUGCUAUCAAAAGUCACAUUGCAGCACUGCAUACUAAAGAUGUAGACAAGACACAGUAUGUAUGUGAUGUUUGCAAGAAAAUAUUCUAUAGAAAGAUUGGUCUGGAACUUCAUCAAACAAUGCAUACCAACAUAAAACCCUUUGUGUGCUCAUUUGAAGGUUGUGGAAGAGCAUUUAGACUAAAUACAAACUUGACAAAGCACAAAAAGAUACAUUCAGGUGAGAAACCGCACCAUUGUCACAUUUGUAAUGAGGGAUUCAGCAGGAAAACAUACCUGGAUACUCACAUGUAUAAACAUACAGGUUUGAAGAAUUACAGAUGUGAAAUUUGUGAAAAAACUUUCUCACAGAAAGGCAAUUUGGCCGUACACAAGCUACUUCAUAGUCAGGAUCGCCCUGUUUACAAGUGUCCACAAUGUCCUCGAACAUUUACUUUCAAGUCUAACAUGAAGAAACAUCUUCAAAAACAUGAAAUAAAGGAGAAAUGUGAAGAAAGAAGUGAAAGUGGUAACUUUGGUGAAAAUAUUACAGAUGAAGACUGUAACAGCCAAGAAGAACUAAGUUCUCAGUCCGGGGAAAGUGAUUGUGGAAGUUGAAACAACAGUACAUGAACUUAUUUUGAACAAUGCUGGAAAGAUUUGUUGAUAAACUGGAUGUGAAUAAUAAUAAUAUGGUGUUGCUGAAAUUAAGCAUAGAAACUUGAUAAUAAGAGUGAGUGGAUACAGCCAGAAGUUUUUUCUACCAUCCCCAUAGUGAUGGACCAGAUAGAAGCGUGCACAUACUAAUGAAUAAUGCAAACCAUCUGCUGCUGUUAAGACUUUGAUUGUGUUUUUCUUUCGAUUUUGUUGAAAUUUUGCUUGAUUGUAGAAAAUGACAUUCUGAAUAAGUUUACUAUUAUACAUGUAUGUACAUGAG